GUAGUCUUAGAGUCGUCGUCGAAUAUGAUAAUAGCUGACGAUUUUUUUCAAACGCGUCUGUCGAGACACAAUUCUCGGGCGCGACGAAGGGAUGGAGCACGUCGCGGGGGCGGGCGGGAGCCCCGGCGGCGUCGCCGCGACGCUCCCCGCGCGCGAGCUCUACUCCGCGGACCACGCGCACGUGCGCGCGGUCGUGAACGCGCUCGAGGGGACCAUGGAUUACUGGCAGUGCCGUCGCGCGCUGAAAGAGGAAGCGGUGAAGCCGUCGUAUCGCGUCGAGUCGUUCGCGGAGUACCUCCCGUCGCUCAUGGAGGAGCUCGGGCUCGCGACGCGGAUGCGCAACUACGCGUUCGCGAUGCGCGAGCGUCUGCCGGGUCUAGAGCGCGGCGGCGACGCGCGGGUUCGAGGCGACGAAAGCGCGAGCGGGGACGGCGGCGAGAUCGAUUCGGACGCGCGCGCGGAGGCGUCGGGGACGCCGUCGCUCUUCGACGACGACGCGCGCGAGACCGCGGGGAUGCUCGAGUCCAUCGCCGUCGCGCGGCGGGUGUGGCGUCGGCAGCUCACGGAGCGGCUCAACGAGCUCAGCGCGGCGAGCGGCACGCCGCUCGCGAGCGCCGCGCGCGACGACGCGGGCGACGACGGAGGCGCGACGAAAUCCAAACGCUCGGGCGGCGGCGGCGGCCGCCGCCGCCGCCGCCGCCGCCGCGGCCGCCGCGGACGACCCGAUCGCGCUCGCCUCGAUCGAGACCGCACCGCGCGCGCGGACCUCCCGCAUCUGUACGGCCACGCGGACUUAUUACGCGCGGCGUCCAACGUCGGGUGGACGCCCGAGGACGGCGGCGCGUCGACGCCGGCGCACGUCCCGUCCUGGGGGCUCGUGAAGAUCGAGCUCAGGGCGCCGUCCACGACGUGGCUUCGCGCAUUUUUUCGGCAGACCGCCCCGGAGCACGCGCAGAUCGGCGUGGACGAUCUCGUGGACGCGUCGUACGCGGCGCGGCGCGACGCCGUCGCCGCCGCGCUCGCGAAGGAGCGGUCAAUCCCGAAGUGCCGCGCGUUCGCCAAGACUGGCGUCCCGGCCUCGCGCAGAGGCGCGAUAUGGUCCGCCGCCCUCGGCGCGGCGGCGCCCGGGGACCAGCGCGCGCGCGCGCACUUCGACGCGCUGUGCGACGACGUGCGUCGACGAUCGUUGCUCGUGGACGCGCUGUUCGCGCGGGACGUCGCGGAGACGUGCGACCACGCGACGUAUUUCCCGUUUGCAGAGUCGCUGCGAGCCGUCGCGCUCGCGUUCUCGAGAGACGCGCGCGUCCCGGAUCUGUGCGUCGGCAGCGGGCGGUGCGCGCCGCACCCGAUGCUCGACGGCGUCGCGAGGGACGGCACGAAACGACGCGAUGGUGGGCGAGGAGGAAGCACGUACCCCCCGUGCGGGGUGUUGCCGUUCGACGGGUUCGCGUCUUUUCUCGCGCCGCUCGCGUUUAUAUACGCGCACCCGGCGGAGCUGUUGGACGUCUUCGAGCGGAUGUACGCGCGGUAUUUCUGCCGUCUGCACGUCUUGAGCGACGAGACGUUCCCGUCUCCCGCGCUCGUUGGUCUGCUCCGCGCGUUCGAGGACCUCGCGCAGAGGCACGAGCCGGCGCUGUGCUUCCACUUGUUGUCGAUCAACGCGCCGGCGGCGACGCUCGCGUCGGCGUGGAUCGUGCACGCGUUCGCGCGGCACCUCGACGCGACGCAGACGUUGCUGCUGUGGGACCGGAUCGUCGGGUACGACUCCGUGCUGCCGAUCGCGGUCGCCGCGGCCGCGGUGAUCGCGUUCAGGAAGGACGCGCUGAUGCGAGCGGCGAGCGCGGAGGAGGCGCGAGAAGCCGUGGAGGAUCUGAGCUCGCUGCAGAUCGUGCCGCUGCUGCAGGCGUUUUUGUGGCGCGACGGCGACGGCGCCGACGAGCGACGAUAGGUACUAAUAGUCUAGCUAGUAGCCGCUACGAUAGUCAACAGCACACUAAGUUACCCUUAAGGAGAGACGCGCGCGAGCGCGAUGGCGCACACGACCGCGUCCACGACGUCUCGUAACUUCUCCGCGGAGGCCACCGCGUUGUUGGCCAUGAUCGCGAACGCGACGUUCCCCAGUCGCGGAUCCGCGUGCGUCUCGAAAUACCCGCACAGCGACGCGACGCCGGUCAUCGUCCCCGUCUUCGCGCGGACGACGCCCUCCGCGGGAGUGCCCGCGAACCUUCCAGCGAGCGUCCCCGUGCGCCCGGCCACGGGCAACGAAUCGAGAAGAAAACGCGCCGCGUCCACUUCCCAGUCGAGACGCGAGACGCGCUGGCUCAGCGCCGUCUGAAUCGCGUCCGCGAACGCCCUCGGCGGCGCGAGGUUGUGCCUCGAGAGCCCG